UUAUAACCCAGCUAUUCCUAUUGCUUAGUAUUCUUGGACACCAAAUCACUCGACAAGUCCCCAAAUCAGAACACGAUUGAAUAGGAAAAAUAUUAUAUUCCAAAUAACAAGGUUAGAUGGGAGUAAGAAGCACAAUAGAGAAAACGUUAGUAUAUUUGUAGUUUUUACAUGAGAAGAUUCUAGAGUAUUCUCUAACCAUCGACUAAUGCUGAUUGGAUGAGAAUUAGCCAAUCAGCGUGCACCAAAGCAAUCGUGCAUUGAGCAUGUUUUAAUCUAGUCUAUGUCCCGCUAACAUCUAUAAAGCUUACAGAUGCUAACUCCUGAAACUGUUCCUGCGAGUAGCUUGUUUAUCAAAGACUUAAUAUGACUGAGGUAGUGCUCAAAUCUGGCUAUUGGUUCUUUAUCGGAAGACUCUUAACUUAUGAAAAAUGACUGACCUCUCAGCGAAGUCCGUUUUAACACGCUGUGGAAUUUUUGUUCCUGAAAUCGUCUCUUCCCUGCAAUCCGAAUCCAAUUCAGCGUCAAACGCAGAGGUUACAUUCUGUUUUCUUACUUUUCUUUCCCUAAGGGUGACUGAGUCACUAGUCUACCUUAUUUUGUCUCUUGAUCACAUCCUCUACACCUCUCAGAUUUGGCUCCCUAUUAGUUUGUAUUGCAUUGAUAUGUGAAUCCCGAACUGAAACCGUAGAUUCACAUGCCUCAGUACUGUCUAUAGGUAGUUUCUUCUUAGCUCGCUUUUUCUUUUUUCUUGUGAAGAGGCCUACAUUCAUAUGCUUAUAUACUUCUCUGAUUGAGUCCACCUUUAUGGUCUCAUUUAGAUCUAGAGCUGGGCUCAUGAUAACGCUUUCAAUUUCCUCGAAAGCGGAAUUCUGUUCAUCUACUUCUUGUUUAUCUGAGGGCAAUUUUCUAGCUAUAUUUAGCAGCUCAAUCACCUGUAGAAUCAGCAGACUUUGUAGAGCAACAUUCUUUGCACAACCAAGGUGACAAUGGCUUGCAGCACCGUAUAUUCAUUCGGUGUGAGUCCGGUGUACACAUUUGGAUACCACUUAUUAGAGUUAUCACAUCGCGUCCCAUCGUCGACAGGGAAAUAGCAUACCGGUCUGCUACAACGAUGUUUCAAUUGCGCCAUAAAUUUGUUUUAUGUUUAUGUAUAAGAAAAAUAAAUGUACCUAACAACAAUGAAAAAACCGACUUCUGUAGUUACAAAAAGACCUUAACACCUAUGAAUGCAAACAAUACUCGAAGUUAUACUCAAUGAUGAAGAAUAAAUAUCAGUGCUUUUGGUUAUUUUGUAUCUGUACUCAUAAAGUACAGAUGAUAAACUUCUCUAGAGAAAAAGUGGUACUCUUGGGGAUUACUUUAACUGAAAUAAAUUCAGUUAAAGCAAAAACAGUAGUCUUGGUGCGUAAUUUAACGAUUAAUACUAUUAAAUAUACUCGCAGCAAAAAUUCCACUGUUCUUUUUCAAUAGCGCGCGACCUUCGUCAGAUACCUCUGACUUUAAUGUCAGGCACUCGAAAGCCACUGCAGAUGAAAACUACAUUAAUACACUGAGUACUUUGAGUAAAUAUUUUGACCUUGUGACAACGAUUACUAGUUAGUUAGUAAUUCUCUAGGUGUCUUUCUCGUAAUAUUUGCUAACUAUAUCGCAAGAGAUUAACGAGUCUACUAGAUGGUCUGCAACAUGUGUAAAUUUAAAUUAAUUUUGCCUUUCCGAUCAUCUAUUAUUUCUUAUUUUAGAGACGAUUUGAUUUUUGUGUUCCAUGAAAUAUCAAUAGGAGUGGGUAAUUAUAUAAUCAGUCUUCUCAAGUCGACUGUUAGACCCAUCUAUUUUUAAUGUUAUAUAUAUAUAUAUAUGAGUUAACAAAUUUCUAAUUGUCAUUUUGAUUCAAAGAAGUAAGAGUUGUUUAUCAUACAUUAAACUCAUUAUCACUAAGCUCCCAGUUUUCGUUAAUGGAGUUCCCUAAUCUAGGAGCUAACUGCUCAGUGCCAACUUGUCGAAUGCUUGAUUUCUUACCCGUUCGAUGUUCUGGAUGUCAUGGUGUUUUCUGCAAGAAUCACUAUCUGUACGAUAGACACAACUGUAAAAGUCCCGAUCUUAAGGAUAAACAGGUUCCUGUGUGUCCCUUGUGCGGAACCAUAGUCCCUCUGAAACCAGGCGAGCUUCCAGAUGUAAAAGUCGGAAACCAUAUCGACACAGAUUGUCGGUCAAAGCCAGCUUUAGAGUUAAAAGGAAAGUUAUUCACAAACGCUUGCUGUGUCCCACGAUGUAAAAAGAAAGAACUUAUACCUUUUGUUUGUGAUAGAUGCAAAUUAAAUUUCUGUGUUUCGCAUCGUAAUGAAUUAGAUCAUGAUUGUAAGGGAUUUCAACAAAAUCUGAAUAAUUCUAGAAAGUUGUCAACUUCUGGUGCAGCAGCUCUUUAUAGAGCUAUCUUUAGCAAUUUCAAUACAAAUUCGACUUCGAAGAAUGUAUCGCCAACAAACACGAUUCACCUAUCAUCACCUGUUGCUACUUCACUGCCAUAUAGUGUAAAUUCCCGUGAACUUCAGGAAGAAGAAGAUUUACAACUGGCUUUAGCAUUAUCUGAAUCACUUUCCAGUCGAACAUCUCAUUCACAACCAUCUAGAACAACACGUCAUAAUACCCCUUCAAAAUCGUCGUGUAAUAUUUCUUAAUUUAUUUCCUAUUUCUGUGUAUAGAGUAAACUCACUUUACGCCUCAGGUUAUAUAUGUUCAUGUACUAAUUCUUUGAAAUACAAGAUUGUGAUUAUGUUUUUCUUUCCUGGUAAUAUUUAAAAAACAAACAUGUGUCGUGAUUUCACAGCUUACUUUUUUUGACCAACACAGAUUUUUAUUUAUAAAAAAGUGAUGUAAUUUACUGUUUCAAUUUGUUCUAGUCAGAGUACAAUAUUAUCCCCUUAUUAUUAUUAUCUAUAUUCAGUGCGGGAAUUGUGUACAAGCUUAAGUGUGAUGACGAUACUGAAUUCUUUCUCAAAUAGAGUAUAUUUUCCAAGC